ACACUAAAUUGAAGCAAGCCGAAGAGACCGGCCUAAUGGGGCCACAGUCCGCAUGUAAGCGUCCACGCCUGGACGAGGAGGAGCAGGCACUGAAGGUGGCGGGCUUCUCGCUCAGCGCCAUUGAGGAGAUGCGUCAGACCCGUGAUGCUGAGCUGCUCUCGGAGCCAAUUGAUCAACAGCUUAGGCAGUUUCAGGUGCUGGACGAGGUGGGCACAGCCAGUGAUGAUGAUGAUUCAGAUGAUAAGCAGCGCGGCGAUGAUGAUGACGCUGAGGGUGACGACUAUGAUUCCUCGGAUUUCAACGAUGAGGAAAUUGAGAAUCUUUUGGAUGAAAAGCUGCCCGACGAUCUGCGUGAGUCCAAGCGUCCAAAGUACGAGCAGCGCUUCAAGACUGUGCUGGAAGAGAAGCGCCAUAAUCACUUUGAGGUACUGCCCGAGGGCUGGGUACAGGUGACACAUAAUAGCGGCAUGCCCCUGUUUCUACAUCGCAAGACGCGUGUCUGCUCAGCCUCGCGACCAUAUUUUCUGGGCACGGGCAGUGCACGCAAGCAUGCCGUGCCGCUGGGAGCCAUACCGUGUUUGAACUAUCAACGUGCACUGGAGGAGGAAGCGGAGGCGAAACGGGCAGCUAGCGCAGACAAUACGGCACAGCCUUCUGCAGAGACCAGUAACAGUCACGAAUCGCCCGCUGGCGUUUGUCCAGUGGCGCAUGGCAACGUAGCCACCCCGGAGGCUAUGGAAGUGGAUGACAAGGAGAAAAAAGGCGAUACUGCUGUGGAGUCUAAAAGUGAUCAAGCAGCCUCUGGAGCUGGAGCUGGAGCUCUCCAGGCACUUAUACCGGCUGCUAAAAUCGUCACCGUUAAUGAGAACACACAGAAGGAGUCGGUGACACCGGAGGAGCUGAACAAAUACUGCCAGAAACUCUUCCGAUUCAAGGAGAUACGCGUGCUGCGCUUUCGCAGUUGGAAUGCACGGCGCAAGUUCACGAAGAAUCGGAAGCAUAUUAAGAAUAUACAACGACCAACGCUACCCGAUGGCACCAAGCUCAUCAAGUUCCCCAUUUUGGCGGCCAGCGGCUCGGAGGGUAGUACAAAUACGCGAGGACGCAAGGAGUGGAUCAUGAACCCCAAUGGCAAAAGCUUUGUGUGCAUACUGCAUGAGUAUGUACAGCAUGCGCUAAAGACGCAACCCACUUAUGAAUUCAAAGAGCUGCAGAACGCAGCUACGCCUUAUUCAGCAACCGUUUCCGUUAAUAAUCUCAAGUAUGGCACCGGAUAUGGUACCAGUAAAAAGCAAGCCAAGUCGGAGGCAGCGCGCGAAACACUGGAGAUACUCAUACCCGAUGUUAAGGAUAAAAUCACAGGCAACAAUAAGGAUUCGAAGACUGGCACUGCCAAGAAAACCCAAAGUGAUCUAUCUGUCUUCGAUGACAUUCGUAUUGAGGAUCCACGAGUGACCGAGUUCUGCAAUAAGACGACAGAGCCUUCACCCAAUGCCAUUUUGUUGACGUGCUUGCAGCGUAACUACGGCAGCGAUGUUCAGAUCACCCAAGAGAUCAAUCGCACGGCAAAUAACAAAAACGAAUUCACUAUGACCGUGGGCAAGCACACGGCGAAGGUUGUCUGCAAGAACAAACGCGAGGGCAAGCAAUUGGCAUCGCAGGCUAUACUGCAGAUUUUACACCCACAUAUUCAGACGUGGGGCUCGCUUUUGCGUUUGUAUGGCAACAAUUCGAUCAAAACAUUUAAGGAGAAGAAGCUCGAGGAACAGGAGAUUACUGUGCUACAGAGCAAGGCGGCUGUUAAUCAACCAAACUAUGCCAUUCUUGAUAAACUCAAAUCGGAGAUGUUAAAGCUUAGCGCCAAGCACGAGGGGGUUCAAACCAAAGGCACCUUUGUGCCGCCCAGUGAUGUGGAUUUGCCUUCAUCGUCCGGUUCCAAUUUGAAUAAUGUUGAACUAUAGUUAACAUAUAUUAAGGCCAAUGCAUCAACAUAAUCAUCAUAAUCGUCAUUAGCUUUUUCGAUUAUCUAACUUGCAUGACAAACUUUUCUCAAUGUGAUCCAUCGUAAUAUGACAAAAACAAAAGAAACUGAAAUGUGUUGACUUUAGACGCAAGACGAACUACGUAUACUCUUUUAUAGUUGCGACCCUAAUCAAUUCCACAUAAUAUAUUAAUAUAUAAUAUGCCAAAAACUGAAUAAAUAAUAAUUGUUAGUACA